GACCUUAGUAAUAAUGUUUGUGUUCACCCUAUCGAAAAUUGGUAACGAAUAUUUCAUAAUGAAGACAAAUCAGAGAGGGUCAGAGAGUUACAUGCAGCGAAUGUGGGGGAUAUUGUAGCUAUACGCGAGUUUAUUAGCGAUGAGCCAAAGUAUGACAAUAGAUGCGGAUGUUUUGACGCUAUUGUCGAAGAGACCGGUGGUUUUUACGGGAUCUCGAUAAUUAAUUUAGAGAAUGCAGAAGGGAACAGUAAAAAUGUCAUGUUCAAUACAUUCACAACAUUUCCCACAAAUUAUCAAUGUCAAGCCGAAAACUCACACGACCGUUUGGGCAGUCCACGAAAGAAACCACAUGGUGCGUAAUAAUUAAAGUCAAAGCGCUGCAACAACAAGUCCUCUAUUGGAAUAAGGAAGAUCUACUGAAUACAGCGGCGACUGACGUUGCUAAUAUUUUUUUCUGGGCAAGUUUUGCGAUUGAAAGUCGUUAUAUGAAAAAAUCGCAUCAUUGCUGCUUGCACUUCCCUUUAAGCAGCGUGACUAUGGGUCUUGGGGUUUCAUCUCAAUAUUGAUUGUUAGUCUGAUUCAAAUUGUGAUCUUUUGCAGGUGGUCAGAUUCUUUCCUUUGAAUAAAAUAAGAAAAGGAACCAUUCUUGCGUUUUUUUGCAUAGACACUUUCAAAGUGAAAUACUCACAGCAAAUGUAAUUUUCUUACCCAUUGUACACAUCUUCGAAGUAUCUGUAAUGUGUAAAAACAGAUAUAAACUUUUUAUAAUACUUAACAGAAAUGGAUAUAACAUAUCCACCAAUUUUAAAAAAGGCAGUUAACUGCUUAAGAUAAGUUUUGUUGCAAGCACGAAAGAUUUCAUAUAAGUUAUUACAGAAAUGAAUAUCUAUUGUUGUGGAAUUUACUCUACAUAAAAAUAAGAUGGUCAGCGAUUCUUUUGCGUGACACUCAUCACAUAGUUCAGAUGAUGCAUGUACGAUCAUCUUUGAAUAAACUUCGUCAUAUGUAGGAUGUUCCACGAGAAUUAGACGAAAGGCGUCUUUGGAAGAUAUUUAAAUGAGCGAGUCUGCUCGCACAAUUCCGUCAUAUAAAUUUGGCGACUUAAGAGAGUAUUUAAAUGAGCGAGUCUGAUACGUACAAUUCCUAUUACCUAUCUACCCCAGCGCAGCUUGUUUAAAAUGGAAAGAAAAAAGUCGCAUACAUAGUUUUGUGGAAUUAAAUUAAUUCUGAACUAUUUGAGUUAAAUGUUCUAUUUAUAUGACCGAAGUUCCCAUUGAAAAGUCUAAAAGGAACUAAGCAGGCAGUUUUUUUACGUUUUAUACAACAAAAGAAAUUGUCGAUCGAAUAGACAUUAAGUGAAAUUUUUCAUUUUUUCUAAUUUCUUGUUAGAAGAGAAAAUUUAAAGCACUUAAACAUGUCUUCGAAAACUGAUGAUAAAGGGACAGAAAUACCAGAAAGAUUAUAUGAUUCUUCGGCCGGCAAAACAUAUAAACGCAUGAGAUUUUUCGGCAAGGGUGGAUUUGCAAAAUGUUAUGAAAUUGUAGAUAUGGCGACAAAUGAAGUGUAUGCUGGUAAAAUUGUUUCAAAGAAGCUCUUAAUGAAACAUAAUCAAAAAGAGAAAAUGACCCAGGAAAUUACCAUACACAGUUCUAUAAGUCAUCCUAACAUUGUUAAAUUUCAUGGUUUUUUCGAAGACAAUUACAACAUUUACAUCGUUUUGGAACUGUGCAAAAAAAGAUCUAUGAUGGAAUUACAUAAACGUCGGAAAACCAUAACUGAAUAUGAAUGUCGUUAUUAUAUAUAUCAAAUCAUUCAGGGUGUUAAAUACUUGCACGAUAACCGCAUAAUACAUCGCGAUUUGAAAUUAGGUAAUCUGUUCCUAAACGACAUGCUCCACGUGAAGAUUGGUGAUUUUGGUUUGGCCACACGUAUUGAGUAUGAGGGCGAACGGAAGAAAACUUUAUGCGGUACCCCAAAUUAUAUAGCACCGGAAAUUCUAACUAAAAAAGGACACUCGUAUGAAGUGGAUAUCUGGUCUAUCGGUUGCGUUAUGUACACCCUAUUAGUGGGUCAACCUCCGUUUGAAACUAAAACGCUUAGAGAUACCUACUCGAAAAUUAAAAAAUGUGAUUACCGAUUACCCAGUUAUCUAUGUAAAUCAGCUGCCGACAUGGUAGUGUCAAUGCUGCAAUCAAAUCCCAGCCAUCGGCCUACAAUUGACCAGUUGCUACAUUCAGAAUUUUUAACUAUUUCGCCGGUUCCAAUGUUUUUGCCUACUUCAUGUCUGACUAUGGCGCCACGUCUCGAAAUUAAGGCCACUUUAGAACAUGAAGUGGCUAAUCAAAGAAAGCCUCUAAUUGAAGUGAACGGUGUACGAUACGAUGAUACACGUUUGGAGUCGACUUUUCUUAAAAACAACUUGCACGAUGCCAUCACUGCAUCGGCGCAUGUUUAUCAGCAUAAUCAGGAUUAUCGCAGUGACAUAGAAAGCUUGUAUCAACAAUUAACCAAGCUUAUUGAAGCCAAACCUCGCAUUUUAGCCGAAAAUUUAGGUGAUGAGAAUACGGACCCUGCUGCUCAGCCAUUGUUUUGGAUAUCAAAGUGGGUGGAUUACAGCGACAAAUACGGUUUUGGCUAUCAAUUAUGCGACGAGGGCAUAGGUGUUAUGUUCAACGAUACAACCAAGCUAAUUCUAUUGCCGAAUGAUAUUAAUGUCCACUUUAUCGAUAAGGAUGGCAAAGAAACUUAUACGACCAACACAGACUAUUGCAAAUCUUUGGAAAAGAAAAUGAAAUUAUUGUCUUACUUUAAACGUUACAUGACAGAACAUUUAAUGAAGGCUGGAGCAAAUAAUGUUAAUCUUGAAAGUGAUCAAAUUUCGCGCAUGCCACAUUUACACUCAUGGUUUCGUACCACAUGUGCGGUAGUCAUGCAUUUAACUAAUGGCACAGUACAGUUAAACUUUUCAGAUCAUAUGAAAAUUAUUUUAUGUCCACGUAUGAAUGCUGUCACUUACAUGGAUCAAGAAAAAAAUUUUCGUACAUAUCGGUUCUCAACCAUUACACAACACGGCUGCUCUAAGGAUUUGUAUCAGAAAAUCCGCUACGCUCAGGAGAAACUAAAUAAAGUGUUGGAAAAGAUGUUUUUCUAAACAUAUUGGGAGUUCUUUCAACAAACAGCAGGCUCUAUUUUUUCUUUUCUUAUUUUCGGCACAUUGAAAUGCUAUCGCUUACAUUCAUUCUAUGUUAUUCUCCACAUGCGAAAUGCGAAUUAAGUGAAGACUUCUAUUUAUACGCUUUUUAUAAUUUUUUAUAUUUUAUUAACAAUUACAUUAUUAUUAUUAAUAUUAUUAUUAUUCACGUUUUCUAUUGGCCUGGUUUUGUUUGCAAGCAUACUUCGGCUGUUUUAUAAGUUUGAAAAAUAUUCUAUUUCUUACUUUUUAAGAUAUUUUUCCAAACUC